AUGCCUUUCGUUAUCAAAGCUGCAAUUUUCAGUGUUGCCUGGCAAUCUCUGUAUGCGACUACACUCGCCCAGGGCGGAUCAUGGAGCGCUGUGAUCGAUUUCCCUAUCAUUCCCGCAGCCGCAUAUGUUGUUCCCGAAUACCCAUCAGCCAGCCGUCUGAUGUUUUUUUCAGCAUGGUCUCCGAAUUCCUUCGGACAAUGGCGAGGUUUCACCCAGUUCGCAGAAUACAAUUUCAUGACGGGGGAAGUCUCACAGCGCGAAGUCAGCGAAACGAAACACGACAUGUUUUGUCCGGGCAUGAAUUCUCUAGCUGAUGGAAGACUGAUCAUCACUGGCGGCAGCAAUGCAGAAAAAACGACCCUAUACGACCCUAGAAGCAACACAUUUGCUUCAGGGCCAGAUAUGCGCAUCCCUAGGGGAUACCAGAGUUCGACAAUACUCUCAAAUGGCAAGGUUUUCACGAUCGGAGGUUCCUGGAGUGGCAUGGAAGGCGGCAAAACAGGCGAAAUCUAUGAUCCUGCAGCGAACACAUGGACUAUUCUUCCUGGUGCAGCCGUAGAACCCAUGUUGACAAUGGACAACAGCGGUAUAUUCCAUGCGGAUAAUCACCCCUGGCUCUUCCCAUGGCGUAACGGUUCUGUAUUCCAAGCUGGCCCCAGCAAAGCAAUGCACUGGUACUUUACUGAUGGCGAGGGUGGUGUCACCCCUGCUGGCAUCCGAGAUUCGGCAAACGAUGCUAUGUGCGGCGUAAACGUCAUGUAUGAUGUGGGCAAGAUCUUCACGGCUGGAGGUGCGAAUUCGUACGGCGAUGUCCCAGGUCUCAGUGUGGCCCACCUAAUCGAUAUCGACAAAGUGGGUGCGCCCGCUGUGGUUGAGAAACUCCCCAAUAUGAAGUACAAACGGGCCUUUGCCAACGUUGUUGCUCUCCCGGACGGUAAAAUCCUGGUCAGUGGAGGUCAGCAGUGGGCGAAAGGCUUCACAGACCGGGAGCCCGUCUUUGCUCCUGAACUGUUUGAUCCUGCCACAAAAACCUUUACCGAACUAUCACCAGAGGCCAUCCCGCGCAAUUACCACUCCGUUUCAAUCUUGUUGGCUGAUGGAAGAGUCUUCAGUGGCGGCGGUGGACUUUGUUAUGAUAAUGGUACCGGCGCCAUCUCAGCAAAAUGUCGCAACACAGUCGAUCAUCCUAAUGGGCAGAUAUUCACGCCACCAUACCUCUUAACAAACGCGUCAAGGCCAGUCAUCAGUAACCUUGUCGCAAGUACUGUGGCACCGGGCGGCCAACUCAGGCUUUCUAUGGAAGGAUCAACGAAGGGUGUGAAAUUCUCCUUGAUCAGGAUUGGCAGUGUAACUCACAGCAUCAACACUGAUCAGAGGCGAGUGCCAUUGUCUCCCAGUGUGGUGGGUGGAGAGGUUGUUUUGCCUAUUUUGGCAGACAGAGGGGUUAUGCUGCCAGGAGCUUGGUACCUCUUCGCUGUCAGCGCGCAGGGAGUUCCAAGCAUUGCCCGAACGAUAUACAUACGGUAA